AUGGAGAGUUGUUUUCUGACAUGUCAUUGCGCACCAAAUGAUAUGGUGCAAUUUGCAUCAACCAAGUUCAAAUCGAAUGCUUUGCAAUGGUGGAAAUCAGUUAGGGCCACUAGGGGGCUAUCUGGGACUGCAUCCCUCACUUGGGAGGAAUUCAAGGAGUUAAUGAGCGAAAAGUUUUUCUCACCACUCCAGUUGAGAAUAYUAGAAAGCGAGUUCCUACAAUUGGAGCAAGGAAACAUGACCGUGGAGAAAUAUGUGGAGAUCUUUAUUGAGAAGUCACGAUUUGCAGAGCAUCAGGUGAAUACCGAGACGAGGAAGAUGAAUUGGUUUGUUGACGGGCUGAAAAGGGAACUUAGGAGGCUUGUUGGAAUGUCAAAACCCACUACCUUCCAAGAUGCGGUAGAGCUGGCCACCCCUGCUGAGAAGGACAGUUAUGUCCCGGAUGCAACUAAGAAGAGAAAGAUCAAUYAAGCUGGCCCGGGAAAAUUMAAGAGAACUCAAGUCUUUGGGGGAAAGAAUGGGGCAAWAACUGCUUGCGCCACAUGUGGAAGGAACCAUCCAGGUGAAUGCAGGUAUGGCAAGGGAGUUUGCUUUACUUAUGGAAAGCCUGGGCACAUGUCAAAAGAAUGCAAGGCUAGACCUAUCUGCUACUCGUGUGGUGAUCCCGGACAUCGCCAAAGGGAAUGCCCCAAGAAGAACACCGAGGUUGCUCGGAGGAUCAAGCGGGAAGAAGCCGGAUGCGCCAAAGGUGAAGGGUCGAGUCUUCCAGAUGACUGCAAAAGAAGCAAAGGACACACCCGAUAUAGUGACAGGUCUCCUACGUUACUUAGUCAAAACUUGGAGGUCGAAACUGCUGAUGGUAAUAUCACCAUGGUGCGAGAGUGUUUUGCUAAUUGCACAAUAGAAAUUGAGGGUCAAGACUUUGAGGUCCAYUUAUUACCUAUGGGCAUUAGAGAAUUCGAUGUUGUCAUAGGAAUGGACUGGUUGUCUAAACAUCAGGCUCACAUUAUUUGCUUCAAGAAACUAAUUCGACUAGAAGAUGUAUUCGUAAAGGGAGCUAUAGAGGAGGUCCUAGUGGUUUGGGAAUUCCCUGAUGUGUUUCCUGAUGACCUACCAGGAGUACCUCCUGAGAGACAAGUCGAGUUUAGGAUUGAAUUAACACCCGGAGCCACACCGAUUGCUAAGUCACCUUACCGACUAGCACCAUCAGAAAUACAAGAACUGAUGACCCAAAUCCAGGAAUUGUUGGAUAAAGGGUUCAUCCGACCGAGUUCGUCCCCAUGGGCAGCACCAGUGCUAUUUGUGAAAAAGAAAGAUGGAUCGAUGCGCAUGUGCAUCGACUAUAGGGAGUUGAAUAAGGCUACAAUAAAGAAUAGAUACCCACUACCUCGAAUAGACGACUUAUUCGAUCAACUACAAGGAGCAGGUUACUUCUCAAAGAUCGACCUACGUUCAGGCUACCACCAGUUGCGGGUACAUGAAGAAGAUGUCCCAAAGACGGCAUUUAGAACUCGUUAUGGGCACUACGAGUUUGUGGUCAUGCCUUUCGGUUUGACAAACGCCCCCGCAGUAUUCAUGGACUUGAUGAAUCGAAUAUGCAAGCCCUACUUAGACAAAUUCAUCAUCGUCUUCAUUGAUGACAUUCUCAUAUACUCAAGYAACAAAGAAGAGCAUGAGUGUCACCUACRUACAGUCAUGGAGUUACUAAGAAAAGAGAAGUUGUAUGCCAAAUUCUCCAAAUGCGAAUUUUGGAUCCGCGAGGUACAAUUUCUCGGACACAUGAUCAACCAAAAGGGUAUCAUGGUAGACCCAAGCAAGGUAGAAGCAGUGAUGAAAUGGGAAACUCCAAGAUCAGCAACGGAGAUAAGAAGCUUCCUAGGAUUGGCCGGUUAUUAUUAA